UCCAUCAUCCACCACCAACCAUGUUACUAGCAAACUACGGCUCGGACUCGGACUCGGACAACGAGUCGGGCCCGUCGUCGCCGCCCCCGGCGCCCAAGGCGCCCGCGUCCGCCGCCGCAAAGGGCAAGCGUAAGGCGCCGAUCAAGAUCACGCUCGACCUACCCAAGCCGUCGUCGUCGAACGGCGACGACGAGCCCAAGGCAAAGGAGAAAGCCGCUGCGCCGGCCCCGCCCGCGAAGAAGGCCAAGAUUGCUGGUGCGGGAAGCUCUUCCCUCCUCGGCAUGCUCCCCCCGCCAAAGCGCAAGAUUGCGACCACGGCCCCCUCCAAAUCCUCCCUCGCGGUCAACAAGUCCAUGGCGGCCAAACCCGCGCCUGUGGCUGCGCCUGCGCGCGCACCGUUGCCAGCGGACGACGACUCGGACGACGAAAAGCCGGCGCUGAUGGUCCCCGCUGCGCUGAAGCGGGGCGCGAACAAGAAGGACGAGGCGUUGGACCUGUUCGGUCUCGCGGAAGCACCAGCACCCAAGCCCAAGGUGGCUGCCACCACGCCCCGCCCGCCGACCGUGUCCGCCGCGCCGGCGGUCGCCGACUUUGUGCCGCCCGAGCCGACCGCACACGACCCCUACCCAGGCUACUACCAGCUGCCGUCUGGCGCGUGGGCUGCGUACGACGCAGCGUACUAUGCGUCGUUUUUCGCGCCGGCCGAGUCGAGCGCCGACGCCGCCAAGGCGGAGGAGGAGCGCGCGCUCGCCGAGGGCCGCGUCGGGCGGCACUGGAAGGACCUGGCCGACGGGCGCGCAGACGUCGUCGACGUCAAUGUUGGCUCGAGCCUCGACGCCGCGCGCAGGGCAGAGGAGCUCAAGGCCAAGCUCGUCAAGCCCAAGCUCCCUUCAGACGAGUUCGAGUACGAGGCUAUCGGGCAGACAAAGGGCCUUGCCGCCGACCGGCACCAGCUCACAUCGCUCCUCCACUCGGCUUACUCGCAGCGCGACGAGCUCGAGGCCCGCAUCCAGCAGAACAAGAAGAACAUGCGCAUGGCGUCGCAGAAGUAUGGCUUCUGAGGGUGUCUGUCUAUAGGCGUCGUG